AAAAGCAGUCAUUUUAAUUUCUUUCAAAUUGAUUUUAUUUUUUUAAAUGCCAGUUUACACUUGGUAUUACGGUAAAACAUGGUCGCUACUACAUGUGAGAGCUGCUAGUGGAGCUUGUUGGGAUAACUCUGUGUUUCUCUGGAUUCAUAAUGAUCACUCCUGCGUUUGACCUGAGCCAAGACCCAGAGUACCUGAUCCUCUGCCUCCGUGUGCCUUACACCAGAACAUCAGAGUUUGAUCUUUACAUUGAUGGGACUGAUUUCAAGUUCUUUGCCAAGCCCUACUUUCUCAGAUUAUCUCUUCCUGGAAGAAUAGUGGAGGAUGGGAGAGAAAAGGCCACAUUUGACAUUGAUAAAGGUCUCUUCACUGUUCGGGUCCCUAAAGAAACAGCUGGAGAGCACUUUGAGGGACUUCAGAUGCUGACGAGUCUCCUCGCCCCGCAAGGCUCACGUUCAGCAAAACCCCUGAUAGAGGACAUAAGCACAGACUGCAGUGAAGGUGCUGGAGAUGAUGGAGAUGAAGAUGAGGAAGAAUUCGACUGGCAGGUGGAGCAGGAGGUGUACAGGGAGAGCUCUGAGGAGGAGCUGAGAGCGCAGCAGAAAUACGGCUUUGGCAAUCAGAGGUCCGGAGUGUUUGCAAGAUUACAGGAGGAACUGAGCGACGUGAUCGACGUCAAGAACCCAGAAGGAACGACGGCAGCAGAGAGGAGGCAGGCUCGGCUGGACGCAGAGGGCUCUGCUUUUUCUUCUGACCAUUACCUGGCUGACUUAUUUGAGGAUGAUGAGAUAAAGGGGCUGCUGAAGUUCAGGCCAUGGUGGACAGAGCUGAGUCCUUCAACAGAGCAGGAGGGAAAAGCUGCUGUGUCAUUUACCAAUGAUGAGAAGGAGCAGCUGAGAAAAUUCACCAACCGCUCGUAUCUCUUGGACAAGACGUCCCGUUACCAAGUGUGGCUCAGCCUCGUGGACCUCCUGCUGGCUUAUUCCUAUGAAGUGCGCUCCACAGAGGGAGAGCAUAACGUGGAGUCACCAUGGACAAUCAGAAAACUCAGCGGGACUCUCUGCUGGCUUGAGACGUACGGCUCCUUGCAGGAUGUCCUGGUGUCAUUUGGACGGAGGGUUUUGUGCUACCCACUCCACAGACACUUUUCCAUGGUUUCGGCAGCUGUUCGUGACACAACUAGGAUUUUGCAAUCAGGGAAAGCCUGUGUCCUCAAAUGCCUGCUGGAUAUUCACAAAGUGUUCCGAGAGAACGAGCCGGCCUACAUCCUGAACGAUCUGUACAUCACAGACUACUGCAUCUGGAUCCAGAGGGUCAAGUCCAAGAAGGUAUCAGACUUGGCCGUGACGUUGCAAAAAGCCUCCCUGCAGAAAAAAGACUUGGAGCUGGAACUUGAGGAGCUGGAGGAGGCAGCGACGCUGGUGGCGGAGGAAGCAGGGAGCUGCCGACUGCGCUCCGAUAUCCCACAUGGCAGCAGCAGCAGCAGCAGCAGCGACUCAUCCGAUGAGAGUGAGGAAUCUGAGGCUGAAGAGCAAUGCUGCACUGAAUCCAACGAGAAAGCAGGAGGAGGAGCAGCAGCAGCAGGAGGAGGAGGAGGAGGAGAGAUGUCUAAGGACAACCCUCAACAGCACCAACCCACCUCGGCUGACUCCCUGAAAAAUUUCAGUGCUUUAACCCUCGUCUAAAAAUAAUUCUAUUUUCUGAAUUUAUGAACUUGCUGAGCCUCAUUGAAAUCCUUUUUUCAUAGUAAUGA